AUGUUUAACACUACUAGUUUGCUUCAUCUUCCUGGCCCAAUACUUCCUUCUUUCACCACCAUCAGUUGUGGAGUCUGCAGGAAGAUUGUUUCGAGAAGAAUGAGUACGAAUCCUCCAAUGGAGCCUAAAGUUCGCAACUUCGAAUCUGUUGAAGAGGCUGAUGAUAAGCAUUCAAUAAGUAAAUCUGAUGGUAUCAGAUUCCGUCUCGUUUCGUAUAACAUAUUAGCUCAGGUUUAUGUGAAGAGCUCCCUUCUCCCGCACUCUCCACCUGCCUGCCUCAAAUGGAAAGCUCGUUCACAUGCAAUUCUGGGCGUUCUGAAAAAGCUCGAGGCUGACUUCUUUUGUUUGCAGGAAGUAGAUGAGUACGAUAGCUUUUACAGGAAAAACAUGGACUCUCUGGGCUACUCUGGGAUUUAUAUUCAGAGAACCGGACAGAGGAAGCGUGACGGUUGUGCAAUCUUCUACAAGCCUAGCUGUGCAGAGUUAGUCGCCAAAGAAAGGAUCGAAUAUAAUGAUCUUUUGGACUCAGUAAAGGCAGACAGUGUACAGGAGACUGAGACCUCCAAUGAAUCAAAAGGUGAUGAGAAUGCGAAAGAUUCUCGAAAAGACAGCCGUGACCUUAAUGAUCCACUAGUCAGACUAAAACGUGAUUGUGUUGGAAUAAUGGCUGCUUUUAAGAUCAACAAGCCGUUUCACCAAGUCGUCAUCGUGGCCAACACCCAUCUUUACUGGGACCCGGAGCUAGCUGAUGUGAAGCUGGCACAAGCCAAGUAUCUACUUUCACGACUAGAUCAGUUCAAGACACUAAUAUCAAAUGAAUUCGAGUGCACACCUUCCUUGUUACUAUCUGGUGACUUCAAUUCAAUUCCUGGGGAUAAGGUGUAUAGUUAUCUAGUAUCUGGUAAUGGUAAGCCUGCAGAGACCAUAGAAGAGGAAGAAGAAGCACCAGUGCCUCUGUGUAGUGCCUAUGAAGUGACAAGAGGAGAGCCUAAGUUCACAAACUGCACUCCUGGCUUCACAAACACGCUUGACUACAUCUUCUUCUCUCCUUCAGACUUCAUCAAACCUGUCAGUAUCCUCCAGCUACCUGAACCGGAAUCUCCAGAUGUUGUCGGUUUCUUACCAAAUAACCAUCACCCGAGUGAUCAUUUGCCGAUAGGAGCUGAGUUUGAGAUCAGUCGGAAUAGAGAAUUUUGUUCUUGAGAAAGUCUUGUUGCAUUACUUCAUUGUUUAACCAUGAGAAUUAUACAUAGUAUUGAACGGCUUCUGUCUUCUUUGUCUCACUAAACUUUAAAUUUACAUUUUCAU